ACUCUUAGGCUCACAAAGAUGCCGCUUAUUAUGAUGUGCGGAAUCCCUUCGAGCGGCAAGACGACAAGGGCUUUGGAAUUGUGUGAAUAUUUACAAAGCCAGGGCAGACAAUUUCAUUUGGUCAACGAAGAACUCCUUUUUGCUGUUCGUACCUCUGCAUACAAAGACGAGACAAAAGAGAAAAUGACUCGAGGGGCGCUCAAAGCGGAGAUCAAAAGAAACCUGACGAAAGAGACUGUCGUCAUUGCGGAUUCUUUGAACUAUAUCAAAGGGUGCCGAUACGAGCUCUACCUCCUCGCAAGGGAGGCAGGUACUAAUCAUGGUGUCAUCUAUUGUGACACUUCCGUCCAGCAGGCAAAAAAGUGGAAUUCUUCUAGAGAAGGCGACAAAUGGGAAGAAAGCCAAUUGAAUGAACUGGCCAACAGGUUUGAAAUGCCAAACCCAAGUAAGCGGUGGGACAAACCGUGCGUGAUCAUCAAGCCGGAACAACCUUUGCCUCUGACAGAGAUCGAAAAAAUGUUGACAGCUUGCCCUGCACCAAAUUCUUAUGCCACCCACUGCUCAAGGACUACCGGUCCCGACUAUUUGUUCAACAUUGAAAAGGCUAUUCAGCGGGCCAUUCAAAUCAUCCUUGAAGAAUCAAACCGCGCAAACUGCAUUGGACAGCAAAUAUCGAUCGAAAAUUGUUCUGUAAAGGUUAAUCUCGUCCGUGGCCUGACAAUGGCGAAGCUACAAAGGCUCAAAAAGCAAUAUCUGACCCUCAUAAGGCAAAUGGCCAACACUCAGGAGUCCUUUGUGGCACAAACUCAACACCAAGUACUCAAUAGUUUUUUAGAAUAUGUCAACGGUCAAAUUUCUGAAAGUGCCUGAAUAUCUGUUUUUUGAUGGAUUAAAUGGCUCUUUGUGUGUGUAGAAUCAGUGAAUUCUGAACUGAUAUCGAUUCGCAGUACUGGCAUAUUCCCUACACUUGAUAUUUCUGAAACAUAUUCGGUCUCGAAGCUACUAUCGAAGAACGCUCUGUGAAUAUACAAUGUGUUUGGCAUCUA